AUGGACGUCCACCUUUUCGUAUACGACCUCUCGCAGGGGCUGGCGCGGCAGAUGUCGGCCAGUCUGUUGGGCUUCCAGCUGGACGCUGUCUACCACACGUCGAUCAAGCUCCAGGGCCGCGAGUACGUCUACGACGGCAACAUUGUCGCUAUCCAGCCCGGCACCUCGCAUCUCGGCCGCCCCAUGCAGGAGAUCUACCUUGGCCGCACAGAACGCGCCCAAGUGCCCAUGGAUGUCAUUGAGGAGUAUAUGGACUCGCUCCGCGAGAUUUACACAGUCGAGGCAUACGACCUCUGGAGACACAACUGCAACAACUUCUCCAACGACCUUUCGACCUUUUUGCUGGGCAAGGGAAUCCCCGGCCACAUCACCAACAUGCCACAGGCAGUGCUCGAUUCCCCCUUUGGCCAGAUGCUGCUGCCCAUGCUCAACCAGCAGAUAUCGGCCAAGAAGCGCGCCGGCGGCAUUCUCGGCAUCCAGGACCAAACCCCGGGCAGCUCCGUGAAGCCGCAGUCCCAGCUGCACCGCCACGAGGGCAAAGUGCACAACGUCUCCAGCGCUGCAGGGCUCGACGCAUUGCUGGGCAAGUUCCAGAGGACCUGCGCCGUCGUCUUCUUCACCUCGGCCACCUGCGCCCCCUGCAAGGCCGUCUACCCUCUCUACGACGAGCUAGCCGCCGAGAUUGGCGACAAGGGCGCCCUGAUCAAGGUCGACAUAUCCAAGGCGUUCGACGUCGGCAGCCGGUACUCGGUGUCGAGCACGCCCACUUUCAUCACGUUCCUCAAGGGCCAGGAGGAGAACCGCUGGGUCGGGGCGGACCCGAGCAAGCUGCGCGGCAACGUGCAGCUGCUGGUGCAGAUGGCGUGGCCGCGGCACCCGCACCAGUCCCUCCGCCUGCCGACACUCGCAAACCCCGGCGCCAAGCCCGUCAUCUUCGAAAAGGCCCCGCCGCUGGCCAAGCUGCUGGCCAAGAUGGGCCCCGCCGCCGCCGAGCACCCGGCAGUGCAGGGCGUCAAGCACUUCGUCGAGGCCCGGGCCAGGGACGGGCCCGCCGAGGCCACACUGCCGGACAUGGCCGGGUUCACAAAAUUCAUCCGCGAGGCGGUCGGCACCAGCAGUAGCAACAGCCUGCCCACCGACGUCCUCUUCACCGCCGUCGACCUGCUGCGGUGCGGGCUGGUCGACGCGCGCUUCAGCGGCUACCUCGCCGAGGACGACGCGGACCACGCCACGGUGCUCGCGGUCCUCAGCCGCGUGAAUGGGCUCCCCGACGGCGGCGGCUGCCCGUACGCGCUGCGGCUCGUGACGCUGCAGAUGGCGUGCAACCUCUUCUCGAGCCCGCUGUACCCGGACCAGAUCCUUGGCCACGACGGGCUGCGCGCCGCGGCCACGCAGCUGGUAUCGACAAGCUUCCUCGACGACGGCCACAGCAGCGUGCGCGUGGCGGCGGCAUCGCUCUUAUUCAAUAUGGCGCUCGCCAACAGCCGCCAGCGCCGCGACGGCGGGCCCGGGAAUGUGCUGCCAGAGAGCGACCAGGUCGAGCUCGCGGCGUCGGCGCUCGAGGCCGUCGCGCAGGAGUCCGCCUCGGCCGAGGCCCUCGAGGGCACGCUGCUCGCGCUAGGUCUGCUAGCGUACCGCCUGCCCCUCGACGGCGAGCUCGCCGCGCUGCUGCGCACCAUGGACGCCCAGGACGUGGUGCUCGCCAAGAAGAAGGACUUUCCCGACAUGGCCCUCGUGGCCGAGAUUGGGAGUGAGCUGUUUGGCAAGGGCCUGGCGCGAUCGGGAUAG